UGGCAAACUGUUCCAAGGAGAAGCCCUCAAACGGGUUUGCUGCACGCUCAGGCUACAGCUGACGCAGGCUGAUAUUUGCCUGUCACAUUAUGUUUAGACAACUACAAUGACACAAAUAAGUCGGGUCUCUUAAGUUGAAUUCUUAGAACAAUCUCCGUGGUCUUUUCUUCUCUGGACACCACCAUCCCAAGAGCACAUCGAACGGGAUCCUGACAUGGCAGCUAUCCAAGCUCUUUUCAUUGGUUUUCUUCUUGUUCAUGAUGUGGCCAUGCAGGGGCUUUCCCCAACAUUUAAAGACCAGUCUCAAACGCCUUACUUGACUGGCUGUGUAUCAAGAGCAAUGGAAUCAUUUUACUGCUCUUGGAGUGUUGGAACAUUCCAGAACCUUACAGAGCCUAGAGACCUCAAGCUCUUCUACAUGUUUCAAGAUAUGAUUUCUCCCAAAAAAUGGCUGGAAUGCCCUCAAUACACCUUGCUGAGAGAAAAGGAGUGUCGUUUUGACAGAGAACACACACAAAUAUGGACUCCUUACAAAAUCCAGCUACGCUCACGUGAUCAGGACGUUGUCUAUGAUGAAGUCCAGUUCACAGUGGAGAACAUUGUAUAUCCUGACCCACCUGUUGGGUUGAACUGGACAUUUCUGAGUGUGGGCAUGACCAAGAUGUACACUGAUGUGGUGGUGAGCUGGGAGCCACCGCCGUCAGCAGCAAUCGAAGUAGGGGUGGGAUGGUUGGCCCUGGAGUACGAGACUCAGUACCGAGAGACUGGUUCAGCCACUUGGAACAUUCUGAAUGCAGACAAAGAGACCAAGAAAUUUAUCUAUGGACUUCGCACAAACACAGAUUAUGAAAUCAGAGUAAGAUGCAAGAUGAAAGGCUUCAUGAACUUCAGCAACUUCAGCGACUCCCUAAUGAUCAACAUACCAGCCACAGAAUCAAGAGUUCCAAUUGCUGUUGGGUUCGUCUUGACAGCAGUGGGCUUUGCUGUCAUUGGUAUGCUAGUACUGGUCACCCGACAGAAAAAGCUCAUGGUGAUUUUCUUGCCUCCUAUCCCUGGCCCCAAAAUCAGAGGCAUUGACCCAGAACUCUUUCAGAAAGGUAAACUGUCAGAUCUGACCUCAAUCCUGACCACUCAUGCUGUCCUGAGGUCUGACCUCUACAACGAUGACUCCUGGAUAGAGUUUAUUGAACUGGACAUAGAUAAGCCAAAUGAGACUGAGCAAGACCUGGAGACGGCGUUCCUCAUAGACCACUCUGCCUCCUCCUCUGACAGCACACAUCUUAUCAAUGAUUUCCGUGACGAUGAUUCAGGUCGGGCCAGCUGCUGUGAACAAGACCUGCCAGACCCUGACACAGUGGAGUGUCGAAACCUUAUGCUGUCGUCGGCCUCGGUUCUUGACCCCACUGCAACUCCCCAAACAGGAGCGGCAUUUCAAGACUCAUGGUCCGGCACACCAGAUCUGUAUGCCCAGGUGAGACAAGUAACCCUAUCAGGUGAAGUGGUGUUGACCCCUGAAGAGCAAAGCCAUAGAAGGGAGGUUAUGAAUAAACGGUACAAACCGAAAUGUGAUCAGACCACGAAAGAGCCAGAGUUCCACGUGCGUGUGCUUGGAGACUCAGAUGAGAGGGGCAACACCUCUGAGCCAGACAACAACAACAUGAGCACCAACCAAUCAACGGAUCGCAGCACAUCUACAUCCCUACCAUUAGAUGAUGUCAACGGUGCGCCGCGUCAGCCGUUAAUGGGUUACCAAGAACCACAGGUGGCCCCAGCAACAGCGCCAGAGUUGACAGGUCCUCCAUCAUCUGCACUAGCCUCGCCACCUGAAUACACUGUGGUGGAUGGCACUGAUCCACAGAACAGCCUUCUACUGAGAUCAAAUACUCCCAUGGCUCCCAGCUCCUCACACAUGAAACAGAUGCCUUCGCUAGAGGGUUACCUAAGCCCUGACCUUUUGGACAGCAUUGCCUUUUGAAUGACCAUGGAACAACUUUGGUUACAAAUCAUGGAAUCCAGUGCAAAGAAUCUUAAUACAAUCCAAUAGGAUACUGCAUCAGGGAAGUGCCCUACGGGUUUUUAGGAACUAGUGGAGCUUAAUGUGAAAUACCUUUUUGUUGUGCUUUUCAUGGAGUAUAAGAUUCAGAGAUGCUUCUGCCUGAUGAAGGGAAAUGUGACACUGUUAGGCAACAUCAACUAGUGCAGGUUAUAUGAUCUGGGAGAAGAAUUUUCGGGUGUGCCAACAACACAUCUUAGGAGAGGGACCUAAACUGACAUAUGGGAUGUAUCAACAUACUAAAUAGGACUGUGAAACACAGGAAUGGAUUGAUAGUAAAUGUAUCAGCUGUUUGUCUAAUUAGUAGUUGCUGUUGAAGAAAUGUGUUUACUAUUUCAAAGCUUCUUUACUAUGUUAAUCAUAUGAAUUCCUCUCCCUAUGAGUGAAUGACAAGCUGGCCAAAUGUAUCCUACUAUAAAACUGUGAAACUGCUUUGGAUUUUCCAGCAUAAUCCCUAUUUUCUUUUCACCUCAAGGUCCAUGUGAAAGCAAUGACUAAAUGUGCCAUAUCGGAUACGUAACUACAUGUUGAAAAAUAAUUAUACAUAGUGUUUAACAUACUACUGUCUGUUUCUGAAAAUAAGAAUGUAUUUUUGAGAUUUCUCCCGUUUCAUAACUUGAUAUGUGGAAUUUUUUCAAACAAUUAAUAAAAAUCUGAGCAAGA